UGGCACGCCUGGCGCCGCCCGUGGCGCCUCCCCGGCUGGCCGCGCCCGGCGCCGCCCCUGCCGCGUGGCCCUGGGGCGGGGUCGGCGGCUAGCCCUGGCUGGGCGGGCGGCGGCCCGGGAGACGGGAUCGGAGGGACGUGUGGAGCGGUACGCGCUUGUGCUCCCUAAACUGCAAAUAGAGUGACGUUCGGAUCUGGUGUGUUCAGCUCCCGCAACAUUUGGCGCGGUCGGUAGGACCGGCGACGGCAACGAUGGACCCUACGCGGCUGGAGCUAGACAGCCUCUGGACGGCUGUUGCCGAGGAAAGGGCCGAGCGCGAGCGACUGGAGGAACAGCUUCAGGGUCUCCUCAGAGGGCUCUCGGGAGGUGGUAUGCCUUCCGCGGACGCCGGGCUGCCGCUGAUCGUGCAGCAGGAUGCGGAGCUGACUGAGGUGGUGACGGAGAUGCCGUCCUCCGCACUGUGGUCGUCGCCGGCGCCGUCGGACUCGGACCUGGUGGAGGUGGUGGUGGAGGUCCCACCCGCGGAUGGUGGUGCCGCGGGUGAAGCCAUGUGGGGGACGCAGCCAGAUGGAGAAUCGUUCCCGUCUCCUGACAGGAGACGCCCGGGAGACGGCGAGGAGGGCGGCGGACGACCACCCGUAUCUCCGACCGCCGCCAUCCUGGCGGAGGUUUCAGUCGCGGUCGACGGUGCCGACAUAUUGGGCGAAAUUCUGGGCGAGCCGGUAUCUCCGGCCGCCGCCAUCCUGGCGGGGGCUUCAGUCGGGGUCGACGGUGCCGACAUAUUGGGCGAGAUUCUGGGCGACCCGAUCGACACGGACUUUGGCUUGGGGGACAUCGCUGAGGGGUCCGGCGGUUCGCCGGAGGCUGGUCCGCCGGGGUCCGCCGUGCUCUUAAUAGGAGAUUCUAUGCUGAGCAGGGCGGACUUCCGGUGUGACCCCCCUCGGCGCCUGUCCGUGUGCGCGGUCCCCGGGCUGACUCUGAGCCGCUGGCUGCGGUCAAGCGCGACCGAAGUAAGGGCGUGGGUCUGUGGGAAAGGGGAGCUGACGGACCUCCAAGUCAUCUUAUGGCUGGGCGGUAAUGACGUUUACCCAAGGGGGGCCGCCUUCGACCCGGUCACGGUGGUGGCGACGCUGGGGCGGCUGAAGGAGACCAUCAUCGACACCCGUAGCCUUGGUUGCGCCGUGACCAUCCUCGGCGUGACGCCGCGGCCGGCCCGCGACGGUGGCAGAGUGUGGGAGUCCACCCCGGCCUUCUGGCUCGAACGGGCGCUGUGCGAACUGUGCCGCGAGACCGACUCCACUUUCGUCGCGCUCGGCCGACGCCUCUGCCGGCGGGAGGGGAGGAAACGGCGCUUUAAGAUGGACGGCAGGUUCUUCUCGGCUGACGGGGUCCACCUCAGCGCCGCCGGCUACCGGCGACUGUUGGACUACCUGCCGGGGUGGCUCAGGCGCGGCCGACGCUAGGCGGCAUGUGUGAGGGCGCUCGGGACGGUGUGUAUGAAUGUAUGAUUCGAAGUUGUCGUUUUUGUUGUUGUUGUGUUUUGUUGAGGCUGUUUUUGGUGUGGUUGUCAUGCGGGGGGUCACUCGUGCUCGUGGGAUGACUCGUGCUCAUGUGGGGGAGGGGUGUUACGGGCGGCUGUGGCCGCCCGUUGUGGCACGCCUGGCGCCGCCCGUGGCGCCUCCCCGGCUGGCCGCGCCCGGCGCCGCCCCUGCCGCGUGGCCCUGGGGCGGGGUCGGCGGCUAGCCCUGGCUGGGCGGGCGGCGGCCCGGGAGACGGGAUCGGAGGGACGUGUGGAGCGGUACGCGCUUGUGCUCCCUAAACUGCAAAUAGAGUGACGUUCGGA